CCAUCAUGAUUUAUCUCUCGCGUGCCUUCAUUUUCAUUUUCAUUCCAAAGAUAUUGAAGAAGAUCAACGACUUCAACAGUCUUGCAAAUCUUUCAGGAUGAACCGGAGGUUAUGUCGAUGAACAUAAAACCUAGGUUAUGGUCCCAGUUUUGGGAUCAUGCAAUUUCAUUCGCUGCAACAAAGACAUCCAAAGAACCUAUACGACCUUUCAUAUCUAAUUCGAUUUUUUCAAGUACUAAUCAUCGUGCUUUUUCGCAGUCCAAAAUCAGAACUUUGUAUGGUUCACCUCUAAAGUCUCAAGUUCGAAUGAGAUUUGCUUAUGGCGGGGUCUUCUUCCUUGAUUUGAGCUCAGGUACAUCUGCAGCACCCUCGAUAGCAUCAUGUACAAGUACAGUGGAGAAGACCUUAUUCUCAGCAUCAUCAUCACCACGAAGAUCACCCUUGACUUCGUCUUUCCAAUACACAUGGCGACGUGAGAUCCAUUCAAGUACUCGGCGAAGGGAGAGAGGUUAUGCGAGAAGAAACAAAAGUUCUGCAUCAAAUUUAUCAAAUGGUCGGGGGACGCCUCAAGAGACCCACAAACCCUCACAAACUACCCCGCCAUCGAAGGAGACGGUCACGGAUGCCAAUCUCGCACACUCUGCCUCGAGCAAGUACAAUCUUCCUCACAUGCCGAAGAUGCCGCAUCGGCCAACAAGAGAAGAACUACUCGCUGCAGCAACGGGAUUUUGGUCUCGGCUGAAGGUUCGAUUCAAGUGGUUUACAAUUAGAGGUGGACGACCCUGGAAUGUAGAUGAUUGGAGUGCUUUUGUUUCAUGGUUUGUCCUAGGGAAUAUUGCCUGGAUUUUCAUUGGGACUACGACUUUCUUCUCUCUCAUCAUUCUAUCUAUAAAUACUGUUGUCGCUCAAGGUAAGUACUAUAUAGCACAUGAGAGUCUCCACGAUAACUGACGUAUAUUAGAAACAUUGGCAAGGUGGGUUGGUGAUUAUCUCACACAUUCGGCAGGUAUUAAGGUCGUUUUCGAAUCUGCUAUUGUGCCGCGAUGGAAAGAUGGAGUAAUCACAUUCCGGAAUGUGUUUGUCUCAAGGAGACCGGGACAAGGGAAAACCAAAUUUAGCAAAGGUUCAUCAUUAAACGCAGCAGCAGCAGCAGCCUCUCAACGGCAGGUAGAAGUAGAGGGCAAAAAAGAGGAAGAGGAGGAUACAAACUACACCCAAUUUGACGUCACUCUUGACACAGUUAAUGUCACUUUAUCAUUUGUCAAAUGGUGGAAUGGUAAGGGUCUUCUCAGGGAUGUAGAGAUCAAGGGUGUUCGAGGUGUAAUUGACAGAACUUCGGUCCAUUGGGGUGACGAAUACGUUGAUCCGAAAUCAUUUCGGCACGAGCAUAACCCUGGUGAUUUUGAGAUUGACUCUUUCAAGUUGGAGGAUCUCUUAGUUACCAUACAUCAGCCCAACGGCUUCCGACCCUUCUCUGUGAGCGUUUUCUCGUGCGACCUUCCUCAGCUGCGGAAACAAUGGUUAUUUUAUGAUUUUCUAUCAGCAAGCAAUAUGUCUGGAGCUUUUGACGGAUCUCUUUUCACAAUUCACCCUCGACAAAUCCACGGAUUUGCUGGCUCGCACGUUCUCGAAUCCUCCGGAAAUGACGGGUCGAACCCUUGGAAGAAGCAAAGUCGCCUCCGCAUAGACGGCCUCAAAAUUGACCAUUUAAAUCGAGGCGUGGAGGGGCCGUUUGGUUGGAUUCACGAAGGAAAUGUUGACAUUGUUGCCGACGUCAUGCUUCCAGCUGAAGCUGAUGAGAGCAUCGCCAAGGUGAUGUCAGACUUUUACGACCGCAUGGAAGAAGCUGUAACUUCCAAUCGAUAUUUUCAUAUCCUCGAGAAUAACACGAGGACCCGGGAACCAGGCACACCUGAUGAGCUCGACGCUUUGGCGGAGAAAUUCUCUCACGACGACGACAAACGCUACAUUGUCAUGGAUCUCCGCAUCCAUCUUAAUGACGUGAAGGCAGCCGUGCCCUUGUUCACCCGUGACCUCUCCUACGUUAACCAAGCCCUUAUUCGUCCCAUUGUCGCCUAUAUCAACGCGAAGAAGACCUUCAUUCCCAUAAAUUGUCGAAUUGUGAAACGUGCCACCGAUUUCGAUGGUAGCUGGACCAUUUUCGAUAGCGGACUAAUGGAUGAUAUGUCCGCAGAGACAUAUGAAGCAUUUGCGAAAGAUGUCGUAGAUAGUCAGGCACGUAUGCGUCGGUUAAAAAAGGUGGGGUUCUGGUCGAUCUCUAUGGCAAUUCAGGCAAUAUUUAUGGGCAUGGCGGGAAAUGUUGCUUAAGUCCAUGGGUAGAUGGGCUCAUGAUUUGCUUGAAUUCACAAGUUCGUUGCAAGGGCAUAACGAAUCUCCUCUUACUAGGCGGCAUAAUGACCAUUGUAUAUAAAACCGGGUGGGAAUGUGCACUACAUGGCUUGGCUUUUUGGGUUUGGUACAACGGGAACGGCGUUUAGAUAUCCCCAAAAAUGGAUUGGCAGGCAGGAGGACAGGAGUUUAGGAUUUGGAGCGUGCUCGCAUAGGCGAAUCAUUAUAGAUUUACGAGUUACAAUCGAAAAUAGAUACAUCUUGCCUCGGAAGUCAAUCAUCGCUUCCAUCUUGAAUCAAUUGAGAAACCAUCCAGAUCUCUG